AAAACAUGCCUUGAAUUGUCACAGAAUGAAGCCUGCUCUUUUCAGUGUGCUGUGUGAGAUCAAGGAAAAAACAGUGUUAAGUAUUCGCGGUAUUCAGGAAGAAGAUCCCCCAGAUGCUCAACUAAUGAGACUAGAUAACAUGUUGCUGGCAGAGGGUGUCUCCGGGCCCGAGAAAAGAGGAAGAGGAGGACCAAUGGCUGUAGCAGCAACAUCAGGUGGCUGUCCAAAUGACAAUAGCAUUGAACACUCUGACUACAGGGCCAAGCUGUCACAGAUCCGACAGAUAUACCACUCUGAGCUAGAGAAAUAUGAACAGGCCUGUAGUGAGUUCACUACCCACGUUAUGAACCUGCUUAGGGAACAGAGUAGAACAAGACCAAUUUCACCAAAAGAAAUAGAGCGCAUGGUGAACAUAAUCCAUGGUAAAUUCAGCACCAUCCAGAUGCAACUGAAACAGAGUACGUGUGAGGCAGUAAUGAUCCUGCGUUCACGAUUUCUUGAUGCAAGGCGUAAACGACGUAAUUUCAGCAAGCAGGCAACAGAAGUACUGAAUGAGUAUUUCUAUUCACACCUGAGCAAUCCGUACCCCAGCGAAGAGGCCAAAGAAGAGCUAGCAAAGAAAGGUGGUAUCACAGUUUCACAGGUUUCCAACUGGUUUGGUAACAAAAGAAUUCGAUACAAAAAGAACAUGGGGAAAUUCCAAGAAGAAGCCAAUAUUUAUGCUGCAAAAACUGCAGUGGAUGCAACAAAUGUAGUGGCUCAAGGCAACCAGGCAAAUUCUCCAUCUACGCCAAAUUCAGCUUCCUCUGGCUCUUUUAAGAUGACAAAUUCUGGAGACUCGUUUAUAAACUUGCAGUCAUUGACCUCCUACCAGAGCUCUCCAGUGGGAGCCAAUGUGCAGUCACAGAUGGAUUCCUUACAUCAUGUCAUACACCAGACAGGAAGAUAUGACACAAUUGUGGGGAAUCCUUUGUAUACGACGCAGCGCAUAGAUGUAAGAUGUACUGAGGCUAAUGGCAGCUGGCAGGAUGCUACCACCCCUUCAUCAAUCACUUCACCUGCUGGAGACCCAGGAAGUGUUAAUUCAGAUGCGUCUAAUUAAGUUUUUAGGACCUAUUGAUGAGAGGAAAGAGGUCAUUAGUGUAAUUUGUCAAUGUUGCUCUUUUGCCAAUACUAUUGUUUAUACAACUUGACACACAGCUAAUUACCUCAGAAAAUCCCUGGAACCAAUAGAAGAUUGUGAUUACAAUGAUACCUCUCUACCUCUCAGCCUCACACAGUUGAGUUCUUUUUACUUAUGCCCAUUGGGAUGUGAAAUUGUUUUAAAAGAACUUGCUUCAUUUUCCUAACCAAAUUCAUUUUUUUAAAUAUCGAUUUUAUGGUAAGAAUCUGAGAGUGUCUCUUCUAGAACUUGGCAUUUGUCUCAAGUUUUACGGUUAAAAAGAAUUGACUUAUUUUAAUUUCCAUGAAGUUUUUUACUAUGAAAUUUCUGUUCUAGUUGCUAGAUACUAACAAUUAAACCCCCUGUAUUGUAAUUGUAUGCGUUCUCUGUAUUGUAAUUUUGUAUAGGAAAAUAAGCUUUUCUUAACUAGAGUUCAUUCUGAGCUAAUUAAUCAGAACAUUGCUUUACCAAAACUUUCAUUGGACUUUGCUCUUGGAUAGGAUCUCCUAUCCCGUGUCAUUUCACGUGAUUCUAAUUUAAUGUCUAGUGUAAAACUGACUUCCCCACGGAUAGAUUUUUUUUUUUGUGCAUUUAUGGAACUGUUAAUACAAAGCCCACCGUUUUCAGUUGAGAUUUUAUCAAAGACAAUAAACUUCCAAAGCCUUUUUUC